UUUUACAUUGAUGGCCAACCUACCAUUUAAAUCGAAUAGGUUAAAAACAAACCGAUCGAAAUUUAUCACAAAAAAAACAUGGCGAACCCAGACGAUACCCAGCCAUUGUUAGAUCCGCCAGAAACUUUCGAUGCUUCUUCACCACAGUCUGAAGUAGCAGACAACAACAGCUUAGUAAAUGACGAUGUACAGGAUGGAUCAUUAAGCGGUUCACCACCACCUCCCUAUGGGGAUGCACCCCCACCUUAUAGUGGAUCUUAUAAUCCUGCUGUGCAACCACCCCCAGCAGGUGUCAUGGGGGAACCCACAGUUGUAUGUAGGGUAUGUCAACAGCUGGUAUUUAUCAGAGGCAGAGAAGGACAACGUGUAGUCAAAUGUUCAAACUGUCACGAAGCUACACCUAUAAAAGCUCCUCCUGCUGGGAAAAAAUAUAUUCGAUGUCCGUGUAAUGCGUUACUGACUUGUCGUGCAACUUCAACAAGGAUAUCAUGUCCAAGAGCUAACUGUAAACGUGUUAUAAAUGUAGGUGGUGGACCACCUGCAUCAGCUCCAGUACCGAAUGUUCAGCCUGGUGAUGCAAGAAUACGCGUGACGUGUGGUCAUUGCAAUGAAACGUUUGUGUUCCGAACGACUGCACAUCUUGCACGAUGUCCAUAUUGUCGAAAAGUAUCGUCAGUUGGACCACAGUUCGCUAAAAAUCGUGCCCUUGCUUGUGCUAUUGCGGGCGUUUUAUUUCUUGCGAUGGGCGUAGGCGUUACAGUUGGCACGUUGGAGCUAGCUAAACAAUCUGGAGGUAUUUAUGUGUUAUGGAUAGGUGCUUUUAUUAGCGGCUUGUUGUUUCUCAUUCGUAGUUGCUACUACUGCACUAUGACAAUCAGUCAGAUCGAGGGACAGUCAUGAUGUAAAAACGAAUUCGUGAAAAAACUCAAAAGCACUAAAAUAAUUCCACCUUUGUGUUUUCACGAAGUGUUCGGGGUUUAUUCAGCUAGAAUCCCUUCUUAAGGGAAAGUUUUAUUCUAAUCUUUUUUCAAACGCAUUAUUGAAGUCGACUUACCGAUUUAACAUUUGUCAAGUCACCAACGCCAUGCCGACAUUUUUUAUGUGACAACAUGUCUCAUGUCAAUCUCAAUGGUAUUUGAUUUUAAUAAAGCUUUAUGAAAUUAUCAUAUUUUCAAAUUUUUUCCUCUCAGUUAGAAAUUGUAAAUAAUAUGUCUGAUUUUUAUACACCGCCGUUCUGGUUAUUGAAAUUUUUGUUAUUUUUUACAAUAAUGUACAAUGUACGGUUAAGGGAUUUCUUUUUUUUAAUCCUUUCCAAAAACAAGGGCGGGUGUACUAACGCCUUUAACUUAAGGUUGAAAUACCACCCUCGCGACUGAAAAAAUAAAGUUAAUACCAUAGUAUAUAGGCGAUUUCCUAUUUUCUUUUUUUCUUCUUCUUUUGCAUCCUAAUAUAUAUAAUAUAUAUAUAUAUGUAUUCGGGAAAUUAUGAUUCCGUUGGGUGGAGAAUUUUGCGUCGAAGAGGUUACAUUCGUUUUUUUUCAAAAUAUUUCGUGACUCCUGAACAUUUUUCCAAUACUUAAUAUGGAGGAUUAAAACUGUGCAUUGGAGAAAAUUCACAUCAAUUAGAAAUUUUUUUUCCGCUUUUGCCGUGUCUAUCUAAUUUUGCUUUCAUACGAGUGUUCUUCGUCGCUUUUCUGUCUAUGGAAGGUUUAUUAUGACAGUGAAUCAACUGGUCAGCGUUUGACAACAAAAACCUGCAUAUUUGUAUAUAUGAAUUUGUGCUAAUUUUUCGCUGUUUAUUUUUUGUCGCUCAACAGACCAGAUUGUAACCACCUGUUGUAUGAUUUUAUAGAAAAAAAAAGUAUGAUAACACAAAUUUAAAAA